CCUAGCAGCAGAACAUACGGCGUAAACAAAGCGGACAGCUGAUCACCGUUAGCUUGUGUGUCGUGAGUUCAAUACUCAUAGAAACCGUGUUCAGUUUAUUUAGUGAUCCCACUCCUAUGGAGACAGAUGAACUCACGAGCUGAGGCUGAACGUAAACGAGUUAACAAGACGCCGUCAUCGCUAGCCACGUUAGCAUUAGCUCACCUCAGCUAGCGUUAGCGUUAGCUCGCUAUGUAGCCGGUUUAAGCUAACAGUCGUGUACAGGGGGGAUGACGACUUGAUCCUCUGGACUCGGACUGCGAUGUUCAGCCUGAUGGCGAACUGCUGCAACUGGCUGAAGCGCUGGAGAGAGCCUGCAAGGAAAGUGACUCUGGUUAUGGUUGGACUGGAUAAUGCAGGGAAGACAGCCACAGUUCGAGGAAUCCAAGGAGAUAAUCCCCUGGAUGUGGCUCCUACUGUGGGUUUUUCCAAAGUCGACCUGAAGCAGGGCAAGUUCGAGGUGACUAUCUUUGACCUGGGAGGUGGGAAGAGAAUCCGGGGCAUCUGGAAGAACUACUACUCAGAGUCCCACGGUGUGGUGUUUGUGGUGGACUCCAGCGAUGUCCAGAGGAUCCAGGAGACACGGGAGACCAUGGCGGAGGUCCUCCAGCACCCGCGCAUCGCAGGGAAACCUGUGCUAGUGCUUGCCAACAAACAAGACCAAGAGGGAGCGCUGGCUGAAGCAGACAUCAUUGAGAACCUGUCGUUAGAGAAACUCGUUAACGAGAACAAGUGUCUCUGUCAGAUCGAGCCGUGCUCUGCCGUUCUAGGCUAUGGCAAAAAGGUCGACAAGUCCAUCAAGAAGGGCCUGAAGUGGCUCCUCAACAAUAUUGCUAAAGACUACGAGGCCAUUACUGAGCGCGUGCAGAAGGACACAGCCGAGCAGCGCGCUCAGGAGGACCAGGACAAGAAGGAGAGGGCGGCACGAGUACGGCAGAUACGAGAGGAGAGAGAACGGGAGGAGCGGGAGGAGGCGGAACGUGAGGGCAGGCAGAUCCAGGAAGAGGAGCUUGAUGAGGAAACCAUGCCCAGCCCCUUCCAGCCAAUCAGCAACGUGAUCUCUGAGUAUGAUGAUAAAGAGAAGGAGAGGAGGAGGCAAAUAGAGCUGCGGGAGGCCCGGACCAACAGCCCGAAGACGGAAGCUGAUCAAGAGGAAGAGGAGUACGAGGAAGAUGAGGAGCCAGACGACACAAGACAAACGCCGGAAAAUGCCAGUUCAGCCAAAACCGGCGAUCAAGAAAAGAAGAAGACGAGGAAGCUUCACCUGAAGAGGAAGCACCGUGUGGACCCGCUGAGGACGGAGGACGGGCCAGCAGAGAGCCCCACCCCUCCACCUCCACCCGUGGGAUGGGCCACACCCAAAGUUUCUAGGCUGCCAAAACUAGAACCGCUCGGGGACUCGAGACAUGCUGAAUUUUUCAAGAAGCCUCUCCCUCCUCUUGCGAACAGGCCGCGGCCUAACGGCGACGCUCAUGACAUCAUUUUUUAACCUCCAAUCAUGGCUCUCCUCUUUUUGCUUUCUGUCUCAAGCGAGCGGUGUGUAGAAACAACCGAACACAGAGACACUGCGGACUCCUGACGUGGGAGCCGGUGAGCGCCGGAGUGAGACAGACAGGAAACACAGGAGCACCAUGGGAAACGGAGUCCUGCUCAGAAGCUGUCAAACGGUUUUCACAAACGGAAAUGACAAAGAACCUGCCUGAACUAAUUUGAUAUCAGGUUCUCUCUCCACUCGACAAAAGACACUUUAUUUUUUAUUUCAAAUAUCAGUGUUAGACGGUGUGGACUCCAUUUGUCCGACUGAAAUGCUUUUAAUUGACAAAGAAUGUAAAUAUGUCUGCUAUAACCCUAUAUCUGUUACUGAAUAAUGGAUUUCUAUACAUGCCGCCAUUAAAAAUGACUGUAUUUUUUUCAUUUAUUUUUGCACCUUUGGAUUUUGUAAUGUAAACAAAGGUGUAUUAUAGAUAUCUUGGAGGCCUCCAGUGGCUUUUCACAGCUAAGUGCUUUAUAUUUGAUCUUUUCGAAGUCAAACAUUUCCCUUUUUACAACACUGAAACAAGGUGAAUCGUGGGAGUAAUUUGCUACACUACGCUGUACUGUACAUGGAUAGUUGUUACACUACAUCAUUGUUGUUAAUUUGUUUAAUUCUAGUAAUGAAAGUCUUGACAUUUCUCUUAAAUACUGUAUAUUUUUUACAGCCAUGAUUUGUUGAAUCUGUAAAAGAGAACACCUGUCUCUUGCCAGCAGCAUCAUAAAAUAUCUUGUCUCUUUAUUUAUUGUUAAAAAUGUAAACAUGUAAAAAUAUAUUUGUCUACAGGGCUACAGAUUUUCUACGCACUCUGCUGUUUACACUGUGUAUCUGUUUUUAAAGUGGUAUUUCUCUUGAGGCAGGAAUCAGCCUCAGACUUGCUUCCUCUCAGGUGGCCCUGAGGUGCUCUUCCAGCUUUUCUCACAUUGUCUUCUGCACCCAUUUUCACUCUGAAAAUAGCUGGAAAAAGCCAAAAUUACAUAUCAACAAAGCACAAACACAAUUUGGGAGAAAACAACUUGGAACACAGCCUUGCCCCAGUUAAGUUUCUGCGUGUUUGCAGUGGGACGCGGUGGGAGGAGACGGUAUCAGUACACCGACACCUGGAACAGCUGAUAUUGGGUCAGAACACACGAGAGUAUUUGUAGCAAAAGAAAUAUCACUUUAAAACUCCAAUAUUGUUUUUCAAAACUAUAGUACAGCACUCACUCUCUUCUUAAUGCGCUAGAUGUUUGAAAAAAUAUAUUUUAUACCCGGUUUGAAUUUUAUAACCGCACAA